AUGUACGGGUUGUUCCUCACCUUCGCGCUAUAUGCGUCCAUGGGGAGUUAUGUUAUCAGUCCAAUGGUCCCGACCUUGGAGGACAACAUUCUUACUGCAGGGCUCUUGUCAGGCGGGGCUACGUGGGCCGGAACGGCACCUGUAUGUGAGGGAGAGUGUAACCCCGGAGAGCUGCAAAUCUUCGCCACUCCUGAUGGAACACCUACUUGUCUUCAGGCCUUACUGACGAUACCUCGAUUUGGCUUGAUGGGCUUGCCACGGUGUCUCCCUUCGGGUCUGGUUGCUUCUUCGGAGAGAAAGCCUUCUGCACAACUCAGUAUCACUCUUGUGAACCCACUCUAUGCGGUCAUUAUUGCUCCCAUGAUUGACACUGAGCAACAGGUUCCACUUCCAAUGCCGUCCUGCACAUUGAGUGCACCUCAAUCGCAAGGGGGGCACUAG